AAAUUUAGAUAUGCUGAUGGUCAAUGUGAUAGAGGUAGAGAUAUCUGGUGAGGAAUCUUCUUUUAACACAGAGAAUUCUAAAUGUGCUGAUCCGGAAAUCUUAGACAGAGAUGAUGUAAGUCAGAAAUCAAAUGGCACAAACAGCAUAUUUUCUCCAAAACCACUGUCAGAACAAAUUCUUGCCGAUAUAGCCAUCCCACUGCCAGUAUUCAACAUUAACAAUAAUAAAGAUAUUAAAAAGAGUUGUGUUCCUGAUUUUCCUGCUUUGGAUGAAGACAAAUUGAAUAACAAAACCGUUAUACAGGAAGAAUCAAUUUUAGCUGAAAAACAUCCCAAAGCUUUUGAUAUCUUACCUUCCAAUUUAGUUUCUGGAAUGACUGCAGAAAAGCCAUCUCUCCAGUCAGAUACUAAAAACGCUGAUAAUAUCAACUGUAACCCCAUUUCUGUGGACAAUGUGGUGGAUUCACUUGUGGAGAAAAGUUCUGGAGUAAUCAUAGAAAAUCGAAUGGCAUUAUCAGAAAGUGUAGAAAGCACUAACAAAAAUACAGAACCCCACAAAUCAACAAUCAACCAUUUGCCUACAGCAAAAUGUACUGAUUCAGCUGUACCAGCCAGUGAUCAUCUGAAAGAUGCUAAUGAUGUGAACAAAGAACAACAUGUGGAAGCAUCAGUUAAUGAAUGCUCAGACCAAGUUGCUGUUGAAGCUGCUUCUGUCCUAAUGAGUCUUUAUUCCUCUGUUACACAUCCCCUGAACAAAAAGUCUCAAAAUAGAAUGUCUGUGCAAGAAUGUCCACCACAGAAGCACUCAGUAUAUGAAGAUCAUAUCCCUGAAGUUCUUACAGCAGUUAAAAACAUCCAGUCACCAGAGAAUCAAAAUAGAUAUUUCCAAAAUAUGUUUGAAGACAAUAAUAUGAAAAUACCUUUUGAUAAAAAGCUAUCUAUCGAAGGCCACCCAAGUCAUGAAUUUUCUCUGGCAAGCAUUGACCUGGGUGAGGUCCAAAAUUGUGAAUCUGCUGAUUUGAUCAUGGAAGACGCUCAUCCUAAUACAAGGUCCCAACUUACUAAAGAAAAUGUUGAACUUUUUGACAAAAUAAAUCAUGACAACUUGAAAACGAAACUAGCAAAUAAAAUUACAAACAAAAGCAAGAUAAAAACUCUCCAAGAGUUGGCAUUUGCUAAGGUACCAAGCAUAAAGGUAAAUAUUUAUAAAGAUGUAACCCAAUUACCAAAUGUAAAACCACAUACUUUUCAAUAUACAAAAGAACAAUCAAGCCCUUUUCAGCAGUCAUUUGAGCACUUUUUGUCCAAUCAACACGGCAAAAUCUCAAAAUCAAAUGACAAUAAAUCAAAAGUUGUGUCUGAACAUUCUAUAACUUCUUCGGAUAUAUUUUUAGAAAAUGAGAGUUCUGAUGAUGCAAUGAAUUCUAAAAGUAGAACCAGGUCACUUUCAAUGAAUUCUUCUAGUGAUAAUAUUAUUGAGGAACUUGAAGAGAUCCCUGUUCCUGUAGCUCCAGUGAGAACUCAAGAAGAUAAAAGAGAGUCAUCAUCUGAGAAAAAAGAAACGUUACUCCAAGAAACUUCAUCACAUUCAUUUGCUGAUUUAGCUCCUAUCAGUCCACCAAUAAUAUUAGAAAAUUCCAGUGAACAUUCCACUUAUAAAUCCCCCCCAAAAGAUGUUUAUUUGGAGAAUAAAGACCAUGCUGUCAUUGAGCAAAGAGCAGAUUUGCAAAAGACAGAUGCCACAUUAUUGCCCACAGAUGUUAGCACUCAAGGAACUGUUAAAUACACAAAUCAUAAUUUCACUGAAACUUCAUCAAAAAAAGACAGCUGUUUAGAGAAUCAAAACCAUGCAGUAGUUGAUGAGAAAAUAGAAGAAAGGCAGGGGAAAGAUGGUGGAUUAUUGCCUGCAGACAGUGACAUUUCCAGUGGAGAUUCUUUUCAAAAAGAUGUUUAUGUUGAAAAUGAUGAUCAACAUGUACAAAGGCAAAAAGAGGAUGCCAGUGUGUUGCCUGCAGAUAUCAAGACUGCAGAGAGGAAUUCUGGGAGUACAAGCAACCUUGUCACAGCAGAUGAUGUACCUAUUGCAGUGAUGGCUCAAUACCCAAAAAAUAGUAAAAGUUCAAACAACAAUAAUGUAGAGAGACUGAUGGACGAUAGAGAACUUUUAAGACAAAGCUAUAGUGAUGACAUUAACAUCAUUGCUAAUGGUGAUACAGAAUGUGAUGCCAUAAAUCCCACAUGUUCGUUGGAUUCUACAUCAGAAGUCACAGAUCCCAAUAGUUCUUGCAAUGAAGAAACAAGCUCACCAAGCUCUAAUGCACAACCAAAAACAAAACUAACUUGGCAUCAACCAUCAACAAACUACAAGUCCUGUGCAAAAUAUUAUGAGGGUGUUCCUUUGUACAUCAUGAACCCUGUGCCAGAGAAAAGACUUAGUUAUGGUAUGAAACUACCAGUUCAAGUUCUAAUACCUGAUGAAAUGGACAAAGAAUAUUCGUUUGGAAAGCCAAUUUCCGUUUUUGCAAAUUGUCAAGCUGAUACUAUUAAAGCAAAUUUAACUAAGAACAUCAGUAGUGUUUCAGAAAAGAGGAUAACUAGUGACAACCCCUCAAAAUUAGUGGAACAUUUGUUACAGAUUAAUGAAUCGGACAUAAAUGUGCUAAAUGAGGCUUAUUCUCAGCAUUCUGGUGAAAAUACCAUGCAAAAUAAUAUCCCCAUGCCGGUUUUUCUCUAUAAAUCUGGAAAAACCUCUGAUGUUUCCAUAUCAAGUGCAACUUCUCUUAGUUCUGCUUCUUCUACCAAAUUUAUUCCUGUUUAUUGUUCAUUGGAUUUAUGUAGGGAAACAACGCCUGAAACAUCGUGUGUUGUCACCUCCAUUACUAGACCCAUUGUAUCAGAAAGAGAGUCAGCACCUCCUGCCCUGCCUUUGAAUAAAAGGAAAGGAAACAAGGAAGUGGAAGAAAGGUCUAAAUCCCAAAUACCAGAAAAUAUGACCAAUAAAACCAUCAACCAAACUUCUUUUGGGGUAGAAAAAAGCAAUAAAAAUCCAGUUGAAUCUGUAUUGGUUAAUUUUGAAGAAGUAAAUGAAGCUAGUAGGACUGAAGUCUGUGAAACAUCCAAGGAAUUACAAGUUACUGCUCCCAAGCCCCCAAACACCGAUAAUGAGCACAUUCAUGAACCAGAAUUACAACUAAAUUUGCCUGCAUUUUCAGAGUUAAUGGAGACAGUAUCAGAAACCUUUGAGGCAGCACCACAAAAAAUACAAAAUGUUUCAAAUAUAUCUGUAAAUGAGAAAGAAAAUGCAAUAAUUGAUCUAAUCACAAAUAACACUAUACCUCAUGUAACCGACUCCGGUAACUUAGAAGACAAUGGCCAAGGUACUGAUAUCCAGCAAACAAAUGAAAUCCAAGAGAUAAUCGAAUUCCAGACCCCUGACAUCCAACAGACAACUGAAACCCAACAAACAGCUCAUGCAGACAUAGAUACAAAUGUUCCUCUGAUCAAUUGUGCUGAUCAAGAAAUAAGUUUUAAACCCAACACUCCAGGAACUCCUGUCCAAGAUGAAAGUGAUUUCCAAGCAGCAAAAACAAAUGAUAACCCAGAAGAAAAUAUCAGUUCUGUUCCAGAAGAAGUUAUUUCUCAGAUUGUGGAAAAAGAGAUGCCAGUACCGCUUAUUUCUGGUGAUGAAAGUGAAAGAGUAGUCGAGUCGAUCUCGGUCAUUGAUAACCAAUUGGAGAUGCCACCAACACCUAUUUCAGUCACUGAUAACCAAUUGGAUCAAGUGCCGGUUCUGUCUGAAAAUGAAAUUGUUGUUGAUUGUCAAGAACUUUCAAAUACUGUUGAAAUUUGGGAUAGUGUAAGCUGUGAUUUAGAUUCUAGUAGCUCCAAGGAAGAACUCAGUCCAGAACAACCAAAUUCACCUCAUAUUGAUGUGUCAAUACCUCUAGAAAACUUGACCAGCUCUUCCAAGUUUUUGGUAGGGGCAAUAUCUAAACAAAACAGAUCUACUACCGAGAACUGUAAAUUAUCGGAUGGGUUAAGUCCUCCACAUUUAAUACAAUUCAAUUCAGUAAAAACUGGGAAUGCCUCCAUGGAAUCAGACAGUAUUAAUCAUGUAUUUACCCAACCAGAUACCGAACCAAUAUUUGAAGCUGUAGAGAAAACCAAGACUAGUUGUAGCACUGGAAAUCAAGAUUUGUCUGAAGAAGAUGUUCAAAGUGAUGAAACUCUUAUAUAUUCCUGUGACGAAGUAGAAGAUACACAACUGGAUGAUAGAAAAAAGAAACGGAUAACAAAGAAGAAAAUGAAGAUGUCUAAAGUGGUAAGAAAACUCAGACAAGAAUUGGGAGACAAUAAAUCAUUUGUUACUUCAGAUAACCAAAGUAGUCUCAAAAUAAGAAUUAGAAAGCGGAGACGAUGUGAGGUGUUAAAUUCGGUUGAUGAUAAACUAUUGACAACAUCUGAUUCAGAACAUGAACCAGAGAAAAUCACUCCAGUUAAUAUAGAAGUGAAGGAAAAACCAAAGGCAAAGGAAAGGGUGUUACGGAAAAGAGGUAACCGAUCCAUAUCUGCAAGUUCAUUCUUAACUGCAAUUAAGCCAAAUGAGGUGACGCCAGACUACCAACAUUCAGUUAGCUGUCCAAAUCAUGAGACUGAUGUCAAGAAGAGAAAACACUCCAGAUCAAAGCACAAGAGGUGUCCAAAGAACCAAAACAAAGUUGAAGAUAUACGAAUAGAUAGUGAUCUUGAUGACCUUCCUAUUAUUCACCCACCAAAACGUCGACGCUUACAGAAAUUGUCUGUUAAUGGUCAGAUGAUGCAAGAAACUAUAAUCAGUUCAAAACUGGAUUCCGAUAGGAUACGCUUGGAGCUGCCUCUUCACAAUUGGCUGGAGAAUAAAUACCGCUCAAAAGCAGAAUUGCGGUGUGGCGAUGUGGAAAAAAGUAAGAAGAGUGAUAAUGAAGAAGAUAAGACUUACAAAAAUAAUGAAACACAAGCAUUGUCACCUAGCAAUCAGCAAGAUUCCCAGAAGCAGAAGGAUGUUGAAGACCACCCUGAAAGUACUCAAACCCCUGGAAUGGAACCUAUUGAUGCAGUUUAUGAAACAAACAAGAUCCAGGAUGAAGAAUGUGACUCCAUGAAUCUACAAAUUGAUGAAGACAAUGAUACAGAAAGUGCUUUUACUGAGGCAGAAGAAUCAAAGAACAAAGAGUCUGAGACAAAUGAUGUGAAAGGACCACCUACGCCUCCACCACAGAAUCUGACAGAAGUGCCUCAGCCUAAGAAACUUAUGGAAUUAGCAGCUUCUGUUGUCGCAUGUUUAAAAAAUGCAGCUACAGUAACUGAUCAGAAACUGCAAGAAAGACCAACCAAUUCAGAAACUACUAAACCAGAGGAAGCAAAAGAAGCCAGAGCACCUUUGAAUCUAUCUGUUAAGAAGAACCCCUCAGAUUGUUUGGACACAUCAACUCGACAAAAACCAAAACCUAAGGUGCAGUUGGUACUGCCUCAAAAGAUAACCACAACCAGUAAUCACUCUAAAGGAGCAUCUCCAAAUCUUUUAGAAACAACAAAGAUUGCAGUCAACUCAGUUAUAGUUAGUGAUGCCAAUGAACUACCCAAUGCUGUAGAAAAUCCACAAAAGAUAGAAGAGAAUGCUAAAAUAAAGUCACAUGCUCUUGACCUAUGCACAACACAGACAAUGGUGGUCGUAGAAGCACAGUCAAAAGAUAGCACGAUUACUACCCAAACAGAAACCACAAGUCAUGAAGUGGACAUUCAGCAGACAUCCACUGCAGUUAGUUCUGAACACUUAGAUAGUGAACGUUUUCCAGCAGCCGACAGAUCUUCAGUACCUAACACAUCAGAGUUAAAUACUAGUGAUUUGGAUGAAGCUUUCCAUCAACAAAUCAUACAGUUGCGUGAAUUAGAGAGGCUUGCUAAGAAGAAGGAACUUGAACAUGCACAACUCUUAGCCAGGAGCAGAAAAACUAUUGAAAACAUAAUGAAGAUGAAACUGGCAAAGAAAAGAGCAGAAGCUAUGAAAAUUUCUACAGAUGAGCUACCUGAAAAGAGUGUCUUACCUUCAUUGACAUCUGCAACAUCAACUAAUGCCUCAAUAACAGAAUUAAAAUUUGAAGAUACCGGCGAUGUCUUUACAAAAUUAUCUUCUAGUCCCACACCACCAGGUGUAAUAGAAACUUCUUUGUCUUCAAGCACUCAAAGUACUUCAGCAAGUAUACCCGCAACAGUGAAUGCUUUGGACCUUUCUAAAUCAGCACCCCAAAAUAGGAAGGGCAUUGUGGCACAGAUAAGCCAAGCACUUCUCAAAUUUCCCAAGAAAGAUGCUCCAUUGGCACAAGCAAAUCUUCAACCAGCUCAUCAGAAUAAGAAAAGUUCAGUGCCCAAUCUUGAAGCUUUUUCUUUGCCAAAAGAUGCUAGUGCACUAUGUCCAUUCAGACCAAGAACAAGCGCCAUAACUGAAUCACCAGCUGGCCCUGCUAAAACAAAUGUAGAAUUGCCCCAGGAGGCUCAUAGUCAACCCCCUUUUCAACCUGCAGGUAGCUUGAUUGUACCUGCCCUAGAUGAAGCCAAUAAACAGAAACAAAAAGAUUCAAAUUCAAAUGUAUACAAUUAUUCAGGAAUAAAUCGACAAAACCACCCAGUUAUCAGUGCCUUAAUGUAUAGAACAAGUUCACAAAUAAUAAGCACACAAGGGCCUGUAAAACCUGUUGAAAUGCCUGUUUCAACGGAUCGUAAAAGAAAGGGCAGCAAGGCACAAGACAUCAUUGACCUCACAAUUGAAUCAGUUGAAAGGGAUAGAUUAGUGCAUAUGAAGAAUUUUAAUCUGUCUAACACAAAAAGGGAAGACCGAGAACUAACAGCCUGUCGAGAAUUGACACCAUUGCCACCCAAGCGUCAAAAAACAGACAAGAUACUAGACCCUUUUGAUGAUACUGUUAGUGCUAGACAGAAAGAAGAUGCUCAAAGGAAGUUAGUACCUUACUCUAGCCAUGGUUUUCAGAAUACUGUUAGACCAGGAUUGUCUGUAGCAUCCAAUAUGCCUAAUCCAGGAUUCCACCAACAGAGACGAUUCCCUGCUCAAACUCAAAAUCAUCAUGAAAUGGCUAAAUACCAACAGUCUACAGCACCACAAGUUGUAGCUCCAGUACCACUUCAUAAAACUCCUCAAGUACCUGUGAGUCAGAGAAGCUCUCCUUUGCAACCAUAUCCUGUACGGUCCUUGCCAGUCACAUCCAUGCAACAAGUUCCUGUUCAGUAUCAACAACAUGCUCCUCCAAUGUAUCCAUUGUUUCAAGUGGUACAAAAUCAAGACCCUGUUGCUCAGCAACAACUUGAACCUGGUCAAAUAGUCAGAGACAAGAAUCAUCAAGCCUGGACAGCUCACCCUCCCUUGAUACAUCACUAUCCUCAACAAGUGCCCUCACAUCCAAUGGCUCCUCGCCAAAUCCUCCCUAAUCAAGCUAUGGCAAAUCAAGCAAUGAAUAUAGGAAAGAGAAGGAUAACACCAAAAGAGAUUCCAAGAUUAAUAUCUGACCAACAAUCAGUAAUGGGACCCCAUAAUCCACAGCAGAAGCAGGCUCAACAACAUAACCUCCGAGUUGUACCCAUCUCAGAACAAAAUAAUCUUGCUUAUCAAACAACACAGAUGUAUCAAAAUUCUCAGUAUAGACCUCCUUUCAGUCAAACAGCGACUCCAAUGAUGCCUGAAAUGAUGCCAGUUUAUCGGAAUCAAAGACUACUCCAUAAUCAGAGGCUGGCACCUCCUGGUGCUUGUAUUGUUUGUGGUAAACAAUCAUCGUUUGUAUGCUCUGGGUGUAGGAAGGUGUGGUACUGUAGUGGUCUUUGUCAGAACGAGAAUUGGCAACUUCAUUCUAGACAGUGUAAACCGUCAUGAAAAUAACUAGAGAGUUCAGAUGGUUCAAUUUUCUAUCAAUCAGUAUUAGUAGGUUAAUAUACCUGGGAAACCUGUUUGUUGACUUGAAUUCCCAUGGAAUCCGGUCACUGAUUUAAGAAUUCUGGAAGAAGUGAUAUGUGCUGUUUCCUGGUAUGGAAGUAGUCAUCUCAGUUGCUAUGAAUCCUUUAGGACUUUGUUUAUUUGAACAAGACACAUUUUCUAUUGAUGAAGGAGAAAAUAGUGUGGAUAGCUAAAUAUGUUUACUUGAGUUUUGGGAUGGUUUCUCCCAGCCUUUAUGCAUCAAGAUGCCUUACUGUUGCAGUUUUGAAAUGGCUCUUGUAUAGUAGGAUACCUUGGGUGAAGAGCAAUGUAUACAGUCGUUGGCCAAUGAACAAGGUGAAUGGAUGCAGGAGGUGCUUUUCUUAUUUUUGGAGUCGGGCAUUUUGAAUGUUCUGUAGACAUAUUUCUUAUAGUGUAAAACAUUUGAAUGACCUUAAAAAUUGAUAAUACUUGGAUUAAAUAGAUCUAUAGCGUAUUUAUAGAUCUUUGGUGGAUUAUAUUAUAUGAACAGCUGUUCAUGUGCGUGUGUUUUUUUGAAAUAAAAUACAGAGACAAUAUGGACCAUGACUUGAAAUAACCAAAUUAUAAUUAUGAUUGACCUUUAAUAUUAAAAAGGAUUACAGAAUGUUUCUGCCUUUCUUACAAACAUAUGUAAAAUGGAUAUCAUGGGGAAACUGCAAUAGUUGUGUACCUUGAUAGUACACUUAGUGGUGGGGAUUAGUACAAAAUGACAGUGAAUUUGCAAGUCUAGUCCCUCCAGGAACAGUUGCCUUGUGUGCUAAACAUUUUGUAAAAAUUAUGUACUUUUAAGUUGCAAACUCCAACAAUUUAAACGAAAUAUGCAUAAUUUUAGAAAAUGGGAUUGAGUUAUUGAGCAAGGACAAUUAUUUGGAAUGGUGAAAAAAGAAAACAAAUUGAAAUUGUUGUGUAAAGGACAUUAAUUUUUUAGUUAAUUUUUAAUUGUGUACAUAGAGAUAUGGGAUACAUUUAUAUUCAUUGACUCAUGAACAAUGCUCAAGGAUAUUUCUAAAGAUUUAAAUAUGGAACCAUUUCAGAUAACUGUUGAAUAUCAUCAUUUAUCAAAUUAAAAUAUCAUCGAAUGUGCUAUAUUAAGGUUAUUCCUUUCAUAUCUGCUGAAGUACCAUGUCCCUUACUUACAAAUGCCUUAUAAUCUUACAGAUAAAUUGUAAUAUUUUUUAGUUAAAAUUAUAAAAUUAAAAGUGCCUUGUAUAUAUGUGCUAAAAGAAUAUUUACUUCAUUUUUUAAAUUCUAAAUUAAUUGUAAACUUUUUAUUUUACAUAAGAUGAUUUGGUGGAUUUUAGAAAACUCUAAAAUGUAUAAACUUGUUAUAAAUUUUAGCGUAUGGAUUAGACACCCGCAGAUGAAAUGGCAACCAUACAUCUCGUUGGGGACAUCACCUGAAUCGUUGCUUAAAAUAUACAUGUAACUAAUUGUUAAAUAUUGUUAUCGUGUUUUUUAUAAGGUGAUUAAUGUUAGCAUAAAGUAGAAAUUCCAUGUAUUUAAAGAGGUGAUGGUGUUCCUGUUGUUAUAGUGUAAAUUUUUUAUGUUUUGUUAUUUUUUUUUUGUUGUUAAAAGUUUAUCGUAAUUAUUGUUAUAGUAUUUUUGUUUAUAUAUUUUAGUACACACCGUUGAUUAUUUUGUUCAGUUUUAUAAUUUAAAUUAUAUAUUGAAUAAUGGGAUAACGCCCAUGUAUCUUUCUGUCUGAAGUUAUGUGCAGGUGCUACGAUAAUGAAUCCCUUUUAUUUACUGAUAAAUUUUAAAUAAACAAAGUUCUAACUUCAGCUAUACUUUAGCUUUAAUGAUGGGGAAGGGGGUUAGGUGACCCACUGCAUUAAAUCAUAAGGUCUGUCAUUGAGUCAAGUGGCGUGGUUUUGAUUCCCCGCUUGUAUGUGACAAGGGUAAGGUUGCCUGUCCAACCUCUUGGGUUUUUUAGGGUCCCAAAAUGACAUAGUUUUAUUGAGUAGACGUUAAACCCCCUCCCUCUCUCUCUUUCUCUCUCUCUGAAAAUUUUUAAUUAUACAAAGUCACUACCAGUAAGCACAGUUCUUACUUCAGCUAAAGUCCUGCUUUACUGAAAUAUAAAAAUAAAUAUUGGUAUCAAGUUUUGAAGCAAAUUUAAAAUAUCUACUGAAUCGUAUUGCCAUGUAAACAACCAUUGAUCCACAGAAAUGUGAAUAAUCACUGAUUCCAUAAUUCUGACCCACAUAUUCUUUAGAAUAUUGUUGGUGGUAUUGCACAUAAUCUAGCCAAUGGAAAGAUCUAUUCAUUUUUUUAAAAUGGCAGCCCAUACACAAUGUACAUGUGUAUCCACGGCGACAUUUGUGUCAACAGAUGGGUGUCCACGUAUGUUGACUUAAAUGCAAGGACCUUCGAGGAUAUGUUCCGUUGAGAUUCGGAACUAUAAUGAGGCGACUUUCGGUUUAGUAAUUUACUGAUAUGCAAUGCAAGCACACCGCAUUUAUAAAUUUAUGAUUGUACACAUUAUUAAGUUUGAUAUUUUGUACUUGGAGAAUUGUUAACGUUUUUGUGUCGGUACAUUUUCAGCCCCCCAAAAUCACGUUUCGCCAAUAUGCAAUGCAAGCACAUCGCAUUUAUAAAUUUAUGAUUGUACACAUUAUUAAGUUUGAUAUUUUGUACUUGGAGAAUUGUUAACGUUUUUGUGUCGGUACAUUUUCAGCCCCCCAAAAUCACGUUUCGCCACUAGACAGGCAGUGAAAACGAUGGUGAGUUUUUGUUGCGUCUCAGUUAAUAUCCAAACUUAACUAAACAAAUUGUAUACUGCCAUAAAUUGAAUAUCUGGCAAGUAACGCUUCUCAUUAAUCAUUUGCCCAGCCUACAGGUCACUCAUUAUACGUGUUCCUGAUCUUUCUGCUACAUCCAAGUGACUGUCCUACAUAAUAAUAUGGUAUUAUUUUACCUGGACGUUUUAAGGGCAUCCUAUUUGCAGAGAAUAAAUUAAUUUUUGGGACGAAUGAUUAACCUAAUUGACCAAGAGGGAAGACCUCUGUCAUUUUAGGAUGUGGAGAAAUUCAAAAUCAGUAAGGUACGACUCUAGUCCCUUAACUGUAAAUGUCGAGAUAAAAACAUGAUUUAGAUGGAUCUAUACAAUAAAACAAAUCCUUUGAAACAUAAUUUAAACAUUUUUUUGUGGUUGAGGCUAUGGAAAUAAGUUUAUCAAAACUUUCAUGACACCAGGUUUAAUCAUAAUGAGUAUCACCAACACGUUGUACUGGUGUUCUGUCAGUGUCGAAACCUGUAGAGUGUUUAUUAUUAUAUGUAGAUUUUUAAAUGCCGAGAAGAUCAUUUCCAGAUUGGAAGGCGGUCAUCAAUGAGCUACGGAGCAAGUACAGAUGAAGCUAAAGGCCAGAACACACUUGAACGAUUAUAUUCAGGGUGAUUUUAUUGUCCGGUUUAAAAAAUACAUAAAAGGUUAAUACAAAAAGGUGUACUCUCAGGUAAAAAUAGAUCAAAACUGGACGUUACUAAUUUCAUCUUAGCUUCCAACCACUGAAUCUUUAAAUUUUGAUAUAUAUUAACUGAUUUGGUGUGUAUCACAAUGAAAAAGUACUGGGCGCAUUUGUUAUUUAUUUAUAUAUAAUAUAAUAUACCAAGGGUUUUUCAGCUACAACAAAUGUGACCAAAUCAAUCAACAAUAUAUAUCGAUAGCAAUCUAUUACUGAGCAUCUGGCAUGACUUAUUUACCCCGUUGAUUAGGGGAGAGGGGGUUACCAUUUCUUUUCAACAAGGUAUAUGUAUAUGUUAAAGAUAAUCAAAGUUUUUGUCUCUUAAUUUAAUGACUUGAAAAUAAAUUUGUAAUUUACGAAUUCUGUUUCUCUAUACUAGGAAAUGAUUAUUGGAAGAGUAUUUAUUAUGUGUGUAUUAUAUUCUGAAAUAAAUCUACUUUUCUGAAACAUUUACAGC